UACUAGCGCCCACACACUUGCUUGAAUUCCAACUUAACAUUUUUCGAACUUGCAAAGUCUCACCAAAGACAUCGACAAUCACGGCACUCUUUCAACGACAAGAUGCCUACCCAUUUGAGCAAAACCCGCAAGCAGUACGUUUUAUUCCUCGAAAUCGCAAUUCCUAUCGAUCAAACUACAAACCGAUUGAGCGCGCGCGCCCAGAUCAAUUCCCCACGAAGAAGUUUUUGUUGAUGUAUUGCACGGAGGAUUGGAAAGAAUUGAAGCUGACAAGAUUUUUCUCCGUAUAGCCGCGGUCAUGUUUCCGCCGGUAAAGGUCGUGUAGGAAAGCACCGCAAGCAUCCAGGUGGUCGUGGUCUUGCUGGUGGUCAACAUCACCACCGAACCAACAUGGAUAAAUACCAUCCAGGUUACUUCGGAAAGGUCGGUAUGCGAUACUUUCACAAGCAAAGCAACCACUUCUGGAAGCCAGUUGUCAACCUUGACAAGGUACGUUUAGUCCCUGGGUAAUAUUUUGGACAUUGGGAGAUCAAGAGGAAAUUGGAGAUGGAACCUGGCAUCAAAAGAAAUUUGCUAAUUAUCUUCUUCAGCUUUGGUCCCUCGUCCCAGCCGAGAAGCGUGAUGAAUAUCUUUCCGGCUCCAAGACAGAUACCGUCCCCGUCUUAGAUCUCCUCCCACUCGGCUACUCAAAAGUUCUCGGCAAGGGUAGAAUCCCAGAAAUUCCAUUGGUUGUGCGCGCAAGAUGGUUCAGCAAGGAGGCAGAGAGAAAGAUUACUGAGGCAGGUGGUGUUGUUGAAUUGGUUGCAUAAAUGGGAAAUUUCAUAGCGAAUGGAUUAUAGGCUUUUCUCAUAUACCAAGAAAUGGCUCUACAACGGCUAUGGGAGUUCUUUAUCGAAAUGAAAGGAAAUGAAACCAUUUAUUCGUU